AUGGCAUACGAGUUUCCAAAAUGCAUACUUGAAGAAGGAUUUGAGACGCAGAUUGAUAAGAUUAACAACACGUGUAGACGUACAAUUCUGGAGGAAGUGAAGGGUGUUCUCAAGGAUGAGUAUGAGGAAGUUUUGAAAGACCCCGUCUUCGGUCCGAUUCUGGCAAUCAUAGACAACAAGCUCAUCUACUCAGGGAAGAUCAUUCACAGCUUCAUAUGCAAGCAGCUCAAGGUUUCCAAGCUUCACGAGUUGUGGUUUCUAUUUGCAAAGAGGCCUCUUAGGCUUUCUGCGCAAGAAUUUCAUGCUGUGACCAGAUUGAAGUUCAAAGAUGAACCGGACAUUGACUUCAAUGAUUGGAAGGAUGAUAAGGGGUUCUGGAGCAAUGUGCUGAGGAAAAGUAGAAAGGUCAACUUGUUCAUGAUACAGACGAAGCUUCUUAACGAAUGCAACCAGUGGACGUAUGUGGACAAGGUUAGGCUAGUGUAUAUGUGUAUCAUACAUGGAUUCCUCAUAGCUAAGGAUUCAAGAGAGUUUAUCCCUCAUGAAUACAUCCAUUUGGUGAUGGAUUUUGAGAAGAUGAGAAUGUAUAUGUGGGGUCUUCACGCGUAUGACGAGCUGAUUGCAUCAAUACUCAAAGCAAGGAGAGAUUUGCAUCUGAAGAACAGUUACGUGUUGGAUGGAUUCUCCUAUGCGUUUCAGAUAUGGGUUAUGGAGGCAAUCCCAGACAUUGGUAGUAUGGUGGGUAAAAAUAUCAAAAAGAUUAUGACCAAAUUGAUAUGUAGGAAUUGGAAAGGAAGUGGAAAAGUUUCGUACGCAGAUAUCAGCAGCCUAGAGUCCCACUUUAAUAAGGGAGAGUUGUUCUCAUUUAUAUCUGCUACUGGGAACAAUGAUGUGGUUGAUAGCAAUGAGUUCUAUAGGGAAGAUGAGAAGAAAGAUGAACGAAUUGGUCGUAUUGUUACUCUUCUCAAUGCCAAACAAGAUUGGACGGAAUUCGUAUGGGAAGUCGAGGCUUUGCCUCCAACUGAGGAGCUUUCUGAUUCAGAAGAGGAUGGAGAGAAUGUUGAAGUCAAAGAUGUCACAUAUACACAUGUAGAGGAACCGGCUGUUGUUGCAAGAAGGGGCAAGUGUAAGCUAAAUGAUCCCGGUGCCGAGGAUCGAAAGAAAGAACUGCUUUGUCAACGGGCGGCUGAACAUAACAGUGGUAUCUCCAGUGGAAUGAAGACUUUCAUUGAAGGUUUUUUCACCUCGUCUUUCAACUCUUUCAAGGAGGUGGUGCAGAAUGACAUCCAAGAGCGUUUUGAGAAGGUCCAGAAAGAGAUGGCUGAGUACAGCGCUAGGUCCAGAAAGAGAUGGCUGAGUUCAAGCAAGCGCUGUCACAGAUUAUGGGUCCUUCUGAUACAAUGGGAAAAGACAGCGCAUCUGAGAUUCCUUGUCCUUCAGCAACAAUGGGGAAGACCAAGACAAAUCAUCACAGAGUCUGUGUCCUGCAGCAACAAAUGA